UAAGGACAUCUUGCGCGGCCAUAGAUGUCCCGACAGACACGACUAUCAUCACAUGACACGUGCACGCUCACAGCUGCUCUACUUAAACGCCGCUUGCACGAGAGGAGGACCUCCAUGAAGACAUCCUGUCGUGAAGACAUCAUCGGAAGACAUGGCCAGCAGGAAGACCAAGAAGAAAGAAGGCGGAGCCAAGAGGGCCCAGCGCGCCUCGUCUAAUGUGUUCUCCAUGUUUGAGCAGACUCAGAUCCAAGAGUUCAAAGAGGCUUUCACUCUCAUAGACCAGAACCGAGAUGGAUUCAUCGAUAAAGAGGACCUGAAGGACACGUACGCCUCUCUGGGCAAAGUGAACGUGAAGGACCAGGAGGUGGAGGAGAUGCUGAGAGAAGCCAGCGGGCCCAUCAACUUCACCAUGUUCCUCACUCUGUUUGGAGCCAAGCUUCACGGCACCGACCCAGAAGAAACUAUUCUGAGCGCCUUCAAAAUGUUCGACGCCGACGCCAAAGGCUUCAUCCACAAAGACGACUUACAGAACCUCUUGACAACACAAGCUGACAGGUUCACACAGGAAGAGGUAACCGCUAUGAUCUGGAACGAGAACUCGCCGUUGAAUAAUGGGAUUUUUUUUUGCGUUCAGGUGAAGCAAAUGUUUCAGUCGUCCAACAUCGACUCGUCAGGGAAUUUGGACUACAAGUCUUUGUGUUACGUCAUCACUCAUGGCGAGGAGCGUGAAGAAUGAAGGAAAAAUAAAGACAGCACCUUAUCUAUCCUUUAAUUGUUGCUCGGCAGAAUAACAGAUGAAAAAUCUCUGCUUCCUGUUGCUUGGUAAAAUAGAAAAUAUUUGUCAUGUCUUCUUGUUUGAAUAAAAAAUA